AUGGCUAAAACCAGAGUUCUCGUGGUUGGGACCGGAGGGAUUGGGACGAUCUCGUCGUAUUCUUUGGAGAAAAGCGGCACCGCGGAAGUAACUGCCGUUAUGCGCUCCAACUACGAUGCGGCGCAACAGAAUGGAAUCGAUAUCGACUCUGUCCAAUUCGGCCAGAUCAAGGGGUGGAGACCAACAGCGAUUACGAAUUCAAUCCCUGAUGUUUCGUCCGGAACAGUUCCUCCCUUCGACUACAUCCUCGUUACGACCAAGAAUAUUCCAGACUAUCCCCCAGUUGUGUCAGAUAUCAUUGCCCCAGCGGUAACUCCCGGCAAAUCAGCUAUUAUUCUUUCGCAGAACGGCAUCAAUAUCGAGAAGCCCUUGAUUUCUCGGUUCCCCACCAAUCCUAUCAUUAGCGCAGUUGUCUACACAGGCGCGACUGAAACAGCUCCCGCCAAGAUCUACCAUGAUGCCAAUGACUGCCAGAAGAUCGGUGCCUAUGCCAGCCCACAAGUCCCGGUCGAAGUGGCUGAGGAGGCAGCCAAGAAAUUCGUCCAAAUCUACAACCCGGACGGAAAGCUCGACGUGAUUUACUCCCCAGACGUGGCCAAGGCUCGGUGGCGCAAGAUCGCCUACAAUGCUUCCAUGAACCCGGUUGCAGCUAUUCUGCGCAUGGAUACCCGCCGAAUCCGACAGAGCCAGCAUGUCGCAGAGGACCUGAUCUUGCCUAUCAUCCACGAAAUCCGCGCUAUUGCUGAAGCGAGUGGAGUCACGCUCGAGCCUGAUCUAGUGCAUGCGGUCAUUCACCAGGAUCCGAACUCUUGCGAGUUCAAGCCAAGUAUGUGCCAGGAUUACGAGAAAGGCAAUCUUAUGGAGGUUGAGAACAUUAUUGGGGAGCCUCUGCGCGAAGCGGAGAAGCUCAACGUAUCAACGCCAACUCUAAGGACUAUUUACGGGAUUAUGAAAGGGCUUCAACUCCGCGUCAAGGAAGCUAAAGGUCUUUGGGAGCCCACGUGGCAACCCGGGAACCCGUUCGAAUAG